UUGACGGUGUUUCCGGACAAAUUAAUGCUAAUGCUGCUCAGAAUAUAAAAUUAUAAAUGGAUUGCUUGUGGCUUUAAGGUUGUUUGACAUGUUUGUCUGAUUUGGUCGAUGCAAGACAGAGUAAGCUUCAGUGUUGUGGCGACUUUAUUCUACUCGUCUCCACCCAGCUAACUAUUUAACGUUAGUUACUUAAGCUAAGGUAGGGGCAGUUCAUUGUUAGCCUAGCUUUAGCCAUGCUCUCGGACUCCGCUUUCACUUGUCUUCUGCGUUGCGGCUUGCUUGCGACAGGGACCACAGCUACUAGCUAGCUUGGUAGCUAGCUAGCUAAGCAUAAUUUUCCAGUGUUGACGCUUUUGCGCUCUCAUAUUUGUUCUUUAGUGUUUCUUGGGAGUUUUCAUUUCAUGUCACAUUCCGUAUGUGAGUGGUGGUUUGUAGAAACUGCACCUUUAAUUUUAACACGUAAAAACCCGUGUUAGCUUAGUUAGCGAGCUAGCCAGCCGGCUAACUUUGAGGAAACGUCUUUUUUUUAUGACAUUUAAGUUGGUCUUGACGUCGUCUUUACCGGACACUAUACGUUAACUCCAUUAACUCAAGCAGGCCUGACGCCGUCUGCUAACGUUUUUCACCACCCAGUCAAGAACCGGACCUUUCAUUUCUUUGGUUUGUGGUCAUAUUCCUGCCACGAUGGCUUCUUCCUCUGGAAACGACGACGACCUCACCAUCCCCAGAGCAGCUAUCAACAAGAUGAUUAAAGAAACUCUCCCUAACGUCCGAGUGGCAAACGACGCCAGAGAGCUUGUGGUUAACUGCUGCACAGAGUUCAUUCACCUCAUAUCCUCAGAAGCAAAUGAAAUAUGCAACAAGUCCGACAAGAAGACCAUAUCUCCAGAGCAUGUCAUCAAUGCUCUUGAAAGUCUCGGUUUCGCAUCAUACAUCACGGAGGUGAAAGACGUGCUGCAGGAGUGUAAAACUGUAGCUCUGAAGAGGAGGAAGGCGAGCUCUCGACUGGAGAACCUGGGAAUCCCAGAGGAAGAACUACUCAGGCAACAGCAGGAAUUGUUUGCAAAGGCGCGGCAGCAGCAGGCAGAGCUCGCCCAGCAGGAGUGGCUACAGAUGCAGCAGGCAGCCCAGCAGGCACAGAUGGCAGCGGCAUCUGCCAGCGCCGCCCAGCAGGCCGGCUCCUCUCAGGAUGAAGACGAAGAGGAUGACAUGUGAUCCCAGGACGCCGUUCAACUUGUCCGAAUCCCUUCCUGGGACCGCGUUGGUGCACAAAUCUCCCAGUGCUGUCAUCGACAGAGACACGCCACGUGUUUGACCGCUGGUAUACAUCAGUGUAACAUGGAUAAUGCACAUUGGAAUGGACAGCGAAGAGAAAGGUGAAGGGGGAUUUCAAGAUAGCCACACGUUCAGAUACCAGUACCUGAAAAUGAUUUGGAGAGGCUGUUAAUAAAGUUUUUGAUUAAUCUCUUCUUCCCCCUUUUUCCAGUUGCUUCUGUUUAAUCAUGUCUUGACAUUAUGUUGUGAGUAAGUUGUAGAUUUCUGGAUGUGUUGUGGACCCCCCCACCUGGUAUACUUGUUCAACAGAGCAACAGAGGUUUAGGGGUUGUGAAUAUUUGUUCUUUUUUUUUUUUAAGUAGAGAACUAUAUGGACAUUUUGUUUAAUUUUAGCUCAUUCAGAUACUUUAUGUUGCAUUUUCUUUCCACCUUAAACCACCCACAGUAUUGCUCAUUAGCCACACCUUUCAGAAAUGGAAUAUUUUUGCCUCAUAGAACCAAAGACUGAGGACAGACUGACAGCCCAGAGUCGAUGUUUUUUUUAAAGGUGUAGGUGCUACUGUGAUUCUCGUUGCUGACUCCAGGUCAGUGUAAACAAUGUUAAGGAUUAUUAAUCUAUGACUUUGUAAAAUGCUUUGAUAUCCAGGCUCAAUUUGUUAUUUCCCUUCUCCUUGGGUGCAGUAUCAAACAUUUGCGUUGUGACUGUGGCCAGUCCUCAGUGUAAAGACAAGUAACCUAGUUGUGACACACAUUCACUCGCCUAUGCUACAAAGUUGUAUUCUUUAAGCAAUAAAGGAAUCGU